GCUGCUGCAUUUGCUACCAUUCUCAGGACCCUCACCAUGAAAGGCCUUCUGCUGCUCACCCUGUCUUCUCUGGUGUGCUGGGUCUCAGCUGACAUUCGCUGUCACUCCUGCUACAAGGUCCCUGUGCUGGGCUGUGUGGACCGGCAGUCCUGCCGCCUGGAACCAGGACAACAAUGCCUGACAACAAAUGUGUACCUCGGUAAGAUGAGGGUUUUCUCCAACCUUCGCUGUGGCACACCAGAAGAGCCCUGUCGGGAGGCCUUCUACCAAACCAGCCACAGGCUGGGCCUGACCUAUAACACCACCUGCUGCAAAGACAACUGCAAUAGCCUGGCCCCCCGGCCCACCCCGGCCCUAGACCUUGUCCUCACCUCCUUGGCUGGCCUUGGCCUCUGGCUGCUGCACUGAGGCUCACUCCAUGGCUGCCCCCCUCCCUCCUGCCUCACCUGAACCUUUCUCCCUGUGUCUCGGAUCCCCUGGCUUCCCACAGUGGUCUCUCCCUACCUCUCUUUGCACUAAAAAAAAAUUUCUCCAGAUCCUUCACAUUUCUUUAAUUAGACAGUGGUCUCCCUCUCCAUCCUUCUACCCCAUACCCUCCAGUCUGCUUUUCCUGAGUCCCUUCCUAUUUCCCCCUAGACCAUUCCAGAUCCUCCAUUGGCCCCUAGAAGGGCUCCCCACUUUGCCUCCUGCUCUCUGUGGUGCCCUACUCAGAGAGGGAUUGGAAUCUGGGCCUGAAAUGGAGCUUCCAUCCUGUUCCUAAUGAAGGCUCCCAGAAAGAACCUGAUGACUUCAUUGUACAGGGC